AUGCCGCCUCGCGCUCGCGUGGUUCAGGAGGACUCGAGGACCGACAGCCCAUCUCUGAAGGAGAAGCUCGCUGCUAAUGGCCACACAACAAAUGGACGGAGAGCGCGGAAUGGAGCCGCAGCUGCAGCGAACGGAAGCUCACUGAAAGAGGUCGUGUCUGCUGCGGCAGAUGGCAAGUCUGCAGCAACCAGCAGCGGUGCGCAGAACACACAGAUUGGCAAUUCCGGGUUGUCGUGGAAAACUGAAGACCGCUCCCUCCUCCAAGCCUACCGCACCAUCCAUUCGCUCAACACACCCGCCGCCUUUCACCAACCCCUUAGCCACAUAGUCCUCAGCCAAGGCAUCGGCAAAUACUCCCCCACGAUGGCACGGCAAAGGGCGAAAAGGAGAAUCAGCAAGGACCAGCUAGCGCUCGCAAUUCGGAAGAACUUCAAUGCGCUGGCUGUGAAGGAGGACGAGGUUACGCUGGCUCUUCUGUAUAGAGUCAAGGAGAAAGAUAAGGAGUUUCGCAGGCGAUUUACGCCCCGUAAACCGGCGAGUUGA